AUGUAUGCAGAACUCGUUUCCAGCUAUACAAAUCCUCUCAAUGAAACCUUAAAGUGCAACACAAUGAGCACAAACAUGUUCACCUCUCGUGUCACUAGUGCUUAUAGAAUGUGUACUCAAUUUAAUAUGGAUUGGAUAAUAAUCUUCUCUGUACCUCAGUGGAUAUAUAUUGGACCAAUGAUUAUUGCAAUUUGCAUUGCCUUAGGUAUCAGUGUGCUUAUUACUAUUGGUGGAGUUAUUGCUGGUAUUGUUUACUCUGUAAAGAUAACAAAACCUUUCCAAAAUCUUAUUGAACUUUUCGAGAGCGUCUCGAGAAUGGAACUUGAUUUUUUAAAUAUCAAACCAAGUAGAUUUAAGGAAGUUUCUAAAUUGCAAGACCAAUUCUUAAUGAUGACCCAACGAAUUAAGCAAUAUAGAGCCUUCAUUCCUUCUCACUUGUUGCACCAGCUUGAAAAUCAAGAUCAACCUGUCGAAGAAAUUAAUAAUUCCACUAUGAAGCAUAGCACUGGCAAUAACUUUUUGGCAGUACCUUCAGGAUCAAAGAGAAGAGCUUCUCUCAACAGUGCCACAGGUUUAGAUACAUCCAUGAAUAAUUCAUCUUCAAUGAAGAAGAGUAUGGGAGCUUCUUCAAACGUACUAUUCAAGAUUGGUUUUGAAAAGAGAAGAGUUUCAUCCAUGGUGAUCUAUCUUGAUGGAUUUAACUUGUGGGUUCAAAAUUUGAGUUUUAAUGAAAUUACUCAUCUCUUGACAGAUAUUUAUGAAGUUUUACAAAAGGCUUCUCUUACAAAUGGUGCUCAAAUUGGUAACUUUGAGAAUGAAAGUGUCUUUUUGAGUUGGAAUUCCACUGAGCGAAUUAAAUUCCACGAAUUGAAAGCUGCUCACACUGCUGCAACACUGAGAGAGAGAAUGAACCAAAUACGCUCCACAAAAUGGGAACAAAAGGACAUUUUCAAUCAAUCUCCAAAGAUGUUAGAGCAAUUCAAGGUUAGGUUUGGUAUUUUGUCUCAACAUGCUCAUUGUGGUAAUGUUGGUACUAAAAACUCCAAGUCUUUUACCAUUAUUGGUAGUGCCAACAAUAAUUUACAAUUAUUGAUGAAGAAGGCUAAAAAGUUUAACUUGGGAAUAGUAAUAACAAAUGAUGCUAAUGUUGAAAUUAGUAAUGAUUUCCAUACAAGAUAUGUUGCUAGUACACAUCUUUUGAAUGAGGAUAGCACCACCUCUCCCUUAAUAGAAAUUAGAAGAACAGAAAAGGUAAAAUUAUAUGAAGUUGGUGAAUCCAAGUCAGUUGAAAUGGAUGAAUGGAUGUAUGAAUUACAAUCCACAGAACAAAAGAAUAAGUGGAAAAUGUACAAUGAAGCAUGUUCAAGAUUUUUCUGUGACGAAUGUGAAGAAGCACUUCCAUUAUUUAGAGAGUAUCUUCAACAAAACAAUCAAGAUUUACCAACACUUCGUAUGAUUGAAAAAUGCAAAAAGAGAAGAUAG